UAGGACAAAACGACCAUCAUUAAACGCUGUUGCAUGCCAAGAAGUGGAAAUACGUACGGUAUGCUGUUUGAAAAGAAUAACAAAAUUUAACAAGUAAAGUAAUAACGGUCGCAAAUACAUUUCUUUUGUCAUGAAUUUUCACUCUGAUGUAACCUCGGCGCUAUUAGAGAGAGGUCGAUGUUAAUAUGGAAUGGGAACUCUGUUGUUGGAAUGCAAAACCUACGGCCAGAUACGAGCGCUGAAUCACGCGGCAAUGCGUCUGAGGAGUGGGUUUUGCGACGUAUGGAAUGAGCACAAUAUUGGAAACACUGCACCACCGCAGUCUGCGACACAGCAAUCAAUAAAUUUGUCGUCUGAAAAGGCGAUUGUUUCGGCGGGAGACGCGAAGAGCGCGGUGGUGCGGCAAGGAGCCAGUGAAGGCAAUGUAAAGGGGGAAGGAACAGAGCGGUGCGGCCUGGCGUCUCCAUAA